GACAGAGCUUAGGAUCCCUCCCAGCACCCAAAGGGGAACAUGUGGGCUGCAGGGCUCAUAGUAUUUUGGCUGCUGGCUGCACCCAGUAAAUGUGAUGACUCCUGUCCAGAAGUGAAGGUUGUGGGAGUCGGAAGCUCUGACAAACUAACCAUCCUCAGGGGGUGCCCGGGGGCUGCAGGGGUUCCUGGGUAUAAAGGUGAACCAGGACCUUCAGGUGAGAAAGGUCAAAGUGGUUCUAAAGGGGAACCUGGGAAGGCCGGCCCACCGGGGCAACCAGGACAGAAAGGAGACAGAGGAGACAGAGGAGCCCCAGAUCAACUGUAUGCUGCCAGGAACUGCAAGGAACUGCUGGAUCAGGGGGCAAUUCUGAGCGGAUGGUACAAGAUUUACCCCGAUGGAGAGAGGCCUCUGACUGUGCUUUGUGACAUGGACACUGAUGGAGGGGGGUGGAUUGUUUUCCAGAGAACAUGGGAUGGCUCCGUAGACUUCUUCCGAGAUUGGGACUCCUACAAGAAAGGGUUUGGGAGUCAGCUGAGUGAAUUCUGGCUUGGGAACGACAACAUUCACACUCUCACAUCAUCAGGCACCUACCAACUUCGCAUCGAUUUCACAGACUUCGAGAAUCAAAACAGUUUUGCAGCUUAUGAUUCCUUCGCAACACUGGGAGAGAAAGAUCAUUACCAGCUGAUCCUUGGGGCUUAUUCUGGGGGCACUGCAGGAGACUCCCUCAAUCACCACCGCAACUGUCCCUUCAGUACUAAAGACAAUGAUCUCCACGGAAAUAACUGCGCUGAAACCUUUAAAGGUGGUUGGUGGUACGGAAGCUGCCAUGACGCCAAUCUGAAUGGACUGUACCUAAGAGGGAAACACUCCAACGAUGGUCUCGGCAUCAACUGGGAAACCGGCAAAGGAAACAACUACUCCUAUAAAGUAACAGAAAUGAAAUUUAGGCCUAAAUAACACUUACUUACUCAGCCGCCCUACUGUUGCCCCAUUCCCUCACUCCAUGGCAAGUCCGCGGCUCUGCUUUGACCCCACUUAGAAAACACUUUUACAGAACCCCAUGAGGUGGAAUCAACACCCAAAUCUCGAUGCCCGUGUCGGGGAAGAUAUUAUUUAUCACUGUGGGAUUCCAUAGCAUAUAAACAUACCUUUAUCUCUGUACAUAUACCAGUUACAUUGAUAAUGAAAAACACUCUUUUUAAACCAGGAAUCCAACCUAAGCUUUAACUGGUGGAUUGAUUGACUAAAAUAAUAUAUAUAUAUGGGCUCGUUCAGUAUAGAAGAAAUAAGUAAGAAAUCCAAGUCCGGCUUGGGACUCCUCCAGUUACAUGGGAGUAGGAGAAACAAUAGGUUAGCUGAA